AUGACCUGCCUUCAAUCUCUACCCCCCGAGACUAUCUUGCAAAUCGCAGCUUGUUCAGACCUCAGUUUCUCAUGCCUUCGCCAUCUCCGACUCACCUGUCGCGGCCUUGCCGUAUAUAUCGCACCGCUCUUGUACCGCAAAGCUGUUCGGGACCACGCUGUUCUCCUGCGACUGGUGCGGAACGACCAAAGCGAUAUCAUUCUGCGGGUUCUGAAAAGCCAGAUCAGGCCAAAUUGUGUUGCACCUCAACACUACCUAGAUAGCUGCCUCCACGACGCCCUUCUGGGAGGUCACCUCAAGGCUGCCGACGUCCUUUUCGGUAAUGGAGCUGAACCCGUCUUUAGUAUCGACGUUGCAAAUCGCUCAGAGCAUCGUGAGACCAGGGAUUGGCUUCAAGUCCAUGAUGCAACGGGACUCGGGUCUCUCGCACUUGCAGCGAGAAGCCGCUAUCACAUGACGUUCUGGUAUAAGGAUUUUGAGCCUUACACAUCCGAGGAAGAGUUCUGGAUCUAUAAGAAGAAGGCGAUGAAGACUAUCUUAGAGAAACUCAGAUCCCAUUUUGGUCGGGAUUCAGAUCAGUAUGGAUUGAAGAUAUCGGAGGCCCAUUAUUUGAGAGAUGAACACGAGGAUGAAAAGAAGGAACCGAUGCUUCGACAUCCGAAAUACGCCAGAGAGCUUGACAUGGCCCUCGCCGAGGCUGCAACUGCAGACGGGCACUCUAUCGAACUGAUGGACUUCCUAUUCGGGUGUGGAGCAACUGUCACCUGCGAACUCACACCGCAGCUUGCUGGGCAUGCCUGGCACAAUGCCCUGAACGAGGAAAUUCCGGCUCUUUUCGAGGCCAAAGUGGAUCUGCUCCUGCGUCAUGGCGUCGACCCGACGAGUGUUUGGACCUGGGAGGGUAUGCGGACACCGAUACAGUUUUUCCUCCGCAAGUUAUACCGAAAUUUUCAAUACUUUGAGGAACCCGGCGCCUUCACAAAUAAGGUCUUUGGUUAUAUGGAAUACCUAGAGUCGCGUGGCUGCCUACGCUGGCCAAGAUCCACUCUCAGAUCCUUUGUGCUCAGCGUCGGAACUGUUCAGAUUAACUGCAUCAUCGACUAUCCUCGUGCGGAGGAGCACGAUGAUAUGAGUACCACUAGUCUUAUUGAAGACGCCACAGAUGGUAGGCGUGAGCUUGAGCUCAUAUUUAAAGAGCCGGACCCAUCCCUGCUACCACUCCGAGUAGCUCUAUCGAACCAAAUUGCACUGAAGCACUUCCGGGAUCUGGUGAUCCUACCGUCGCCCACAUUCAGAGAGUGGGUUGAUAAGGAGUCAAUGUCCAAUGCUAUUCAAGAUCUCGAUAGAAUGUUCAGGACCUUUUCUGUCUCGUCACCUAGUGUGGAAAGCACUCGUGCUGCAGAGGACCAGCUCAGCGAGAAUCAUCCUGGACCCGAGGCUGAGAGUAGUAGUUAG